GGCAGCGACAGCGAUCCAAUCGAUCGGUGAUGAUCACAAUGGCACAUGAGCAACAACAACAACCCGUUUGACCCUAACGUUGUGCCUCGCCGUAUCGGAGAACCAAGAGCUUCCGCCGAACCACCCGUAGUACUGCCGCAGUUUCCUUGGUACACUCUGUUUUCUCUGUUCAUGUGGAGAAUCGGCUUUCUCAUUUUCCUGCUCAAAGCCGGCACAUGGAUUGCGGAAGCCCACGGCGUUCGAGUGUCGCUGCCAGGGCAGAACGACCCCGAUACCACUUGCUCGGAAGCGUACCAAGACAAUCCUACCAAAGAACACUGUCUGGCGACCAACGAUCACUUUUUACGGCCGUGUGAAUAUUGUGUUACGAAAUCCAACCAAGUAUUCUGCUACAACGCCGAUCAAGCCAAAUGGAGUCGCUGGUUUGAUCGAGCCAAAUGCGAAAUCCGACCCUCUGCGAAACGAGAAAAGCUUUCCCGAAAGAAAAAGAGGAAACGAAAACGGGCAGCUACUGCCGCCAAACGAGCGGCUGCCAAUCGAGCGGCUAGCUCGACUACCAGUACUGCCGUGUCGGUUCCCGUGCAGACGGAAUUGGUGGAGUUCAUGGGAGAGAUGGAACGGGAGGAGUGGGGAGAGACGGAACCGGAGGAGCUUAUUACAGAGACGACUGAGUCGAUGAAGGAUUCUUUAUAGAAGCCAACAAGAAUGAGGGCAACUAGUUCCCAUCAAAAAGUCUAGCUAGCAGGCCAUCCAUGGUGCAAGGCUCAAGUGAUUUUGUUUAUUCAUUUAGGUUGUCUCCCCUCGUGGCUAAAGUAUGUAUCUUAGAUAGACAACACCCGGACCAUUCCAACGCCAGGAGAAACCCUCGAUCAUACCGGUACCGGUAUCCUCGUACCACCGUUGCAGCCUCAGACGGUGGAUGGAAGUUUUUUGAAAGAUUCUAUUCAUUGCGGCGAGCUAUUCUCGCUUGGAUCUGUUCUGCUAAUUAAAAACUUAAAACCUAACCUAGACUCGCCCAAUGUGUUA